UUUCGGCAGGCAAGCGGGGUCACCUACCGCAUCCCGGCUCUGCUCUACAUCACCUUCCUGGCCUUCGCCGAGAAGCGCUCCUCGGCCAGGGACAAGGACGCCAAGUACCUGGUGCUGCGGCGGGGCCGCCGGCACGGCUCCUCGAUCGAGUGGGGUCCAGUGGAGGAGCUGUCGGCGUUGGCGCUGCCCGGCCGCCGCACCAUGAACCCCUGUCCCCUCUACGAUGCGACGAGCGGCACCGUCUUCCUCUUCUGCAUCUGCGUCGAGCGGGGGAAGACGGAGCGAUGCCAAAUCUGGAGGGGCUGCAGUGCCGCUCGCCUCUGCUACGCCACCAGCGCCGACGGCGGCCGCAGCUGGACCCCGCUACGGGACGUGACGGACGAAGCCAUCGGCACCGACCUGUCCCAUUGGGCCACCUUCGCCGUGGGGCCGGGCCACGGGGUACAGUUGGAUUCGGGGCGCCUGGUCGUGCCGGCGUACGCCUACUACGUGCACAGGUGCUUGUGCGGGGUUGUGCCGCUGCCUUGCUACACCCGGCAGCACGCCCUCGUCUUCUACAGCGACGACGGUGGGCGCAGCUGGCACAAGGGUGCCCCGGUCAGCGGCGGGCAGACGGGCGAGUGCCAGGUAGCCGAAAUCGAUGGGGGCGAUGCCCGCCAGCCCUUACUCUACUGCAACGCCCGAGCGCUGCAGGGUUGCCGGGCCGUGGCAUUCAGCGCCGACCGCGGGCUGCGGUUCGAGCGCUCGGCGCGGUGCAAGGCGCUGGGCGAACCGCCGCGGGGAUGCCAGGGUAGCGUGGUGAGCUUCGCCGCGCCGACCAGCACCGGGGAUGCACCAACUUGGUUACUCUACUCCCAUCCCACCGACCGGCACCGCCGGAGUGAUUUGGGCAUCUAUCUCAACCCCUCGCCGCUGGACGGGGCGGGUUGGCGGCACCCAUGGGUGCUGCACCCAGGGCCGGCUGGUUAUUCCGACCUGGCUGUCUGCCCCGGUGGUGUUUUCGGCUGCUUGUUCGAGUGCGGCACAACCAGCGCCUGCGAGGAAAUCGCCUUCUGCCUCUUCGCCCUGGACACCUCUGACCGCGGCGAACAGAACCUCAAAGCUUUUUAA